UUCCAGCCUCUCGGUUCAGUUGGUGUUGGAGUCGCCUACAGGAGAGACCUACCGUACGGCAUGGCAGCCUCAAAACUGUAGGGAGGAAAAAGGAGGAGGGAGAAGAGCGGUAUUUUUUCUCGAGAGUACAUUUUUCUCUCCGUAACCGACUCAAAGCUGAACGGACUGUAUGUGGACUCGAGAAACUGUGGAUUAUAUUCGUUCUUUGUGGAUAAAAACCGGAGUUUUAUUUGAGGAGCGAACUCAUGGAUCGAUGAGAGAAGACGGGCAGGCAGAGAGAAGCUCCCCCGCUGACAUAAGAGAGUGAGGAGAUUACAGUAGAAGCUCAGAGGAGGCGAACAACACACGGGCUCUCUGCUGCUGCCUCCGGAGCCAUGAGCCGGGCGCUUAUGGACCAUAUCGCCAGUAGUUUCCGAGAAGAUGCUCCUCGACCCCCGGUGCCCGGGGAGGAGGGCGAGGCGCCCUGCUACCCCGGCAAACUCGCAAUGAUGAGACCCCUGGAUAUCCCCAAAUCUGUUUUGCUUGACUCUCCCGGUUCCUCGGCAAGGAGAAAUGAGGAUGGUCUUGGGGAGCCGGAGGGGAGUGCCUCCCCGGAUUCGCCGCUUUCCCGAUGGACCAAGUCUUUGCACUCUCUCCUCGGGGACCAAGACGGUGCUCAUCUUUUUAGGACCUUCCUGGAGCGAGAGAAAUGCGUCGACACCUUAGACUUUUGGUUCGCAUGCAAUGGUUUCAGGCAAAUGGACCUCAAGGAUACCAAAACGCAGCGAGUCGCCAAAGCAAUUUACAAGCGCUACAUUGAAAACAACAGCAUAGUCGCCAAGCAGCUCAAACCCGCAACUAAAACCUUCAUACGGGAUAAUAUCAAGAAGCAACAGAUAGACUCUGCGAUGUUCGACCAGGCGCAGACCGAGAUCCAGACCACCAUGGAGGAGAACGCCUACCAGAUGUUUCUGACCUCUGACAUUUACCUCGAGUAUGUGAGGACUGGGGGAGAAAACCCGAGUCAUGUCAGCCCGAACGGAUUGGGCGAUCUGAAAGUAGUAUGUGGAUAUCUGCCCACGCUCAAUGAAGAGGAGGAGUGGAGUUGUGAUUUCAAAGCCAAAGCACUGGUUGGACUUUCGGCGAAGGCGCUGAGGGCCACCGUGUCCAUGAGGGCGGUGGAGGUGAUGGAGAAGGGAUACAGGUCGUACAGGAGAGGGGACCCAGUCAACCCCUACCAUGUGGGCUCCUUUGCCCCUGCCACCAGCACCAACGACAGUGAGGUGUCCAGUGACGCCAUGACCGAUGACUCCAUGUCCAUGACUGACAGCAGUGUAGAUGGCAUUCCUCCCUAUAAACUUGGCUCCAAGAAACAGCUACAGAGAGAGAUGCAGCGCAACAUGAGGAUGAACAGUCAAGUCUCUCUGCCUGCCUUUCCUCGUACCCGCCAUCCUCCCAAGGAGAUGGUCCCAGUAGAGCCGGCGGAGUUUGCAGCCCAGCUCAUCUCUCGUCUGGAGCGGCUUAAGAGAGAGCAAGAUACCAUGAGCUCCCUGGAGGAGAGGCUACAGCAGAUUCAGGAGGAGGAGGAAAGAGAGGAGGCAGAGAUGAUGGGUAGUGCUCCCCAGCUUUCCCCCCACCCGCUGGCCCUCCUCUCCGGCUCCUCUGACGAGGACCCCCAGGCUAUCCUGGACGAGCAUCUCUCUCGCGUCCUCAAGACCCCCGGCUGCCAGUCCCCUGCUGUGGUCCGCCACUCGCCGCGCUCCCACUCCCCAGAGAGCAGGCCCUAUCCCAGAGGAGGCUGCGGAAUCAAGGCCCUGGUGAAGCCAGGCGCCUCUGGUUCAUCCGUCUCCAGCCCAGACCUCAGCGCCUUCACUCUGGCCUUUGGCCCUAGCAGGACGCUGGUGAGCAGGCAGAGCACCAAGCACAUCCACCACCACUACAUUCACCACCAUGCCAGUCCCAAGAGCAAGGAGCAGAUAGAAAGGGAGGCAGCUCUCAGGGUGCACAGUCUCUGCUCCGGGAAUGGAGAAUGCCAGCCCUGUCCGCCGUACCAGCGCAGUCGUAGCUUGGGCAGGGAGAUGUGCGGGGCCGCCACAGUGGACAGCAGUGUGGGGCGCUCGAGCUCUCUGUCCAGGCGUGUGUGUCGUUCAGGGGCUGAGGACGGAGUAGCAGAGAGGUGUAUGGAGGAUGGCGGGCCGCUGCAGCUGCCCACUGACACCACCGACCGCUCCCAAAAUGUCUGGCAGUGGAUCCUGGAGAGUGAACGGCAGGGCAGGCACAAGUCUCAUAGCACCCAGAACACCAAGAAAUCCUUUGGCAACAGCUCCUCUGCCCAGACUCACACGUGGGGCGGCGGGGGCAGCUGUGGCCACCUGCGCAGCCACCAGCCUGCCCACCCCUUUAUCCAGGACCCAGCCAUGCCCCCCCUGCCCCCUCCCAACACCUUGGCCCAGCUGGAGGAGGCCUGCCGCAGACUGGAGGAGGUCUCCACCAAAACCCCCAAGCAGAGGCAUUCAAUGUCCAGUCUCCAACGAGAGAAGAGCCACCUAGUGCCUGUCCAGGGUGGGGGGUCUGCCCCCCUGUCUCUAGCCAAUCCCAGCCCUGCUGGCCUCCCCGCUACCAGCCCCAGUCUCCAAUCAGAAGAGAUGAAGGAGUGUAAGAAGGGGUCAGGAAGCCAUGGGGUGUGCAGCGGAGAGACAGUGGUCACGUAUUUCUUCUGCGGUGAGGAGAUCCCCUACCGCAGGACCAUGAAGAGUCACAGCCUCACCCUGGGCCACUUCAAGGAGCAGCUCCGCAAGAAGGGCAACUACAGGUACUACUUCAAGAAGGCCAGCGAUGAGUUUGAGUGUGGCGCCGUGUUCGAAGAGGUGUCAGAUGACUGCUCCCUGCUGCCCACCUACGAGGGCAAGAUCCUGGGGAAGGUGGAGAGGAUGGAGUGAGGCGUGCCCAUGUCAGUGGAAUACACUCCCUUCAGGCACUUCACACCUCCUUGGAUAUGCUCCUUCACACACUUACACACACACACAGAAAGCAGGAUUGGUGUGUCCUUAAGCUAAGACUGUGGGACUGGAGAUGUUGUUGAAGGAAUGUUGAUGAAGGUUGGACAGAUGAACUGGAUGAAAGACGCAGAGAGAAAGGAAUCGGGAUGGAGGACGAGUUAUCGCCGUCACAGGACUGUUCACGUGAGCAGCCCUCCUUGAAGUGAAGAAAACCGACGGAUUGUGUUUUGGCAGACUCUGAAACAUCUCCAUGUUUCCAGAAGAGAGAACUCUAGAGACUCUAGGUGAAUGACCACUUGUUGAAGAAGCGGGGCGGGGUGGGGGUUCAAAUUCUCAGACUGGCACCACACCCGACCCCGCCUCUGCCAGCGUCUUGCCCAUGUGCACACGCUAGCACACCGCUAAUAUGUAUAUGCAAAUAUACAUGUACAUUGUAUUGUGAUGCUCGUGUUGCUGUGUAAAGAUUUCUAUUACUAUUUAUUGAAAAUGCCCCUGUACCCCACCCCUCACAGCCUUUCCAUGGACAAGCUGCUUGGAGAUGGAGCAAGUUCUCCAGUUUUCCACAUCCAAGAUUCGGAGCGUCAAUUUCGAGCAAAGCAGAUAGAGUUUUAUUCAUUUCUGGCCCGUGAUAUUGGGCUAUAAAUCUCCUCUUCAAAAACUCCCCUCCUUUGUUCCCAUAGAUUUAGUGGGACAUCUCUGAUCUCUUGGCUGGACAACCCACUGCUGAAGCUUUGAGAAUGGCUCUCAAUCAGACGAAUAAUGAUUUUUACUACUGCAGUGCUAUUUGUGUCUGUGUCCCCAUCUGCUCUAAAGGACCCUGAGAGAACUAUGAGAAGGAAAAAAAAAAGGAAAGAAAAUGCUACUAAUGUUUGAUCCCUACUUUUGGACUCUGCCCAGCUAGCCUUGAUCUGUCGCAUCUUAGUGCCUUUGUUUCAGUGGCGCAGGCAUCGCACAAAUAGCCUGCCUUUUUUGCUUAAGAGGAAACUGCCCUGAAAAGGUCCUCGUGUCCCCAAAACGUGUUUACACUUGGCACCAAUAUUAAUGUUCUACCAACAAAAGCUCUAUAAUGUGCUCCCCAAAUUGCUUACCUACGUGUAUGUGUGAUUGAGUUGCUUUUGACUAGGGUUACCCUGUGUGUAUUGCAAGCCUGCGCUGUCAGCUGCAGAUGAAAAUGAUGGUGGUGAUACACUAUGUCCAUAGUGUUCUUAUUGAGUACAGUAGCUGUGCCUACAUGGAUUCCGUGCCGUGUUUUACCCAGUUUUCAGGGUCCUAUUACUCCCUUGGUUUUUACAAGGGGCCUUACGUUGAAAAGAUAUUUUUAUGCCUUUUUAGUAUCCGUUUCAUCAUGUUUAUGUUUUUUAAUAUUUUUCAUGGCUUCCUUGGUUCCACUUGUAAACUGUAAAUUAUGCGUUCUAUAGAGCUCCGUUGAAAAGAUGCCUCGGUACUUUAAUUAUUGUAAUUAUAAAGAGAUGUAGCCUUUAUUAAAAUGUUAUAUUUUUCAAAUGAG